AUGGCAGGAUCCCCAGACUUGGUGAGGCAGAGGCAGACAGGGCAGGCGGCAGCUGCCAGCAUCGGCUACCAUGAUGGCCACCAGCACGCGGCUGAGUCCGAGCGGCUCAGGAAGGCCAGGCUGCGCGUGGAGAAGGCCAUUAAGGAGAAGAAGAUCUUCACAGUGCACGGCCCUUACCCCGUCAUCCGCCGGCUGCUGCGCGCCCGGGGCUGGGUGGAGAGGAAGCUGCCCCUCAAUGGCAAGCAGCUGAAGCAGCAGCCUGGCGACCAAAGGAAACAGCAGCAGGAGAAGAGGGCAAGUGGUGGUGGUGAUGAGCAGGGGGAGGCAGUGCUGAACCCGCGUGGUGGAGCACAGCCUUCCUCGGGCACCGCAGAGCCUCUGCAACAGCCAUGCUGCACAGCACACGAUAAGGAGAACAGGGAGGAAAGGGAAGAUGAAGACAAGGAGGAAGACCAGGAGCAGUGCAGUGAGGACUCUGAAGACAUCCAUGACCUCAUGUCCUUCCUGGUGCAGGACCAGGUGCCAAACUUCCUCUGGACCAUUCGCCUGAGCAGCGUUGACCAGGAGCUGCUGCCAAGGAUUGAGGUGGUGAACCGCUAUCCCCGGCUGGCUGCGCUUUGCACCAAGGAGGGGCUGUGCCAAAACCUGCAAAACUUGUCCUGGUUUGAGCAAAUCGACUUCAACACCUUUUUCCCCCGGUGCUACCGGCUGGGGUUCAGGGACGAGGAGGAAGCCUUCACCGAGGAUUUCUGCCUGACAGCAGCUCGCAGCCUUCUCAAACUGGCCCUGCAGAAGGUUGGGGACAGGCCGGUGAGGACAGAGCAGCCCCCAAAACCCGACGAGGUGCCAGGGUGGCCGCACUCCCCCCUGUAUCCCCAGCUGGUGGAGGAGGCCCUGAAGGUCUGUGAGCAGCACCUGGAAGUUCUGAGGCACCAGGACAUCGACAGGAACACCCCAUCGCCCUGCCGCACAUGCAUCGACUGGGACCGCUUCCUGCCGGAAUACUACCGUGUGGCACAUGAGGGGACCGGGCUGGUGCUGGGCAGGGAGCAGCGGCAGCGGUGCCAGGACCUGCUGCAGCGCCUGGAGGAGAAGCUGCCUCAGCUCGCCAUAGAGGGCAACCUCAACAUCUGGAUCGUCAAGCCCAGCGCCAAAUCCCGCGGCAGGGGCAUCGUGUGCGCGACGCGGCUGGAGGAGGUGCUGGAGCUGGCGCAGAGCUGCACGGGCCCCCCAGUGCAGGUGUGCGAGUGGGUGGUGCAGAAGUACGUGGAGCGGCCGCUGACCAUCUUCAACACCAAAUUCGACAUCCGGCAGUGGUUCCUGGUGACUGACUGGAAGCCACUGACUGUCUGGUUCUACCGAGACUGCUACCUGCGCUUCUGCUCCCGGCCCUUCUCUCUGUGUCACCUGGAGCCCGCCAGGCACCUCUGCAACGUCGCCAUCCAGAAGCGGUACAAAACAUCACAGCCGGACCCCCGCGUGCCCCCCGACAAGAUCUGGUGCAACAAGCAGUUCCAGGCCCACCUGGCACGGCUGGGGCGGGCGAAUGCUUGGCAGCGGGUGAUGGUGCCCGGCAUGAAGGCGGCGAUCCUGAACGCCCUGCGCUGCACCCGGGACCAGGUGGGGUCCCGCAAGGGCAGCUUUGAGCUCUUCGGAGCUGACUUUCUCAUCGGGGAGGACUUCCAGCCCUGGCUGCUGGAGAUCAACUCCUGCCCCACCAUGAGCCCCUCCUCAGCGGUGACGCGCCGGCUGUGCGCCAACGUCCAGCGGGACACGCUGCGCCUCGUGAUCGACCGCAAGGACAACCCCACCUGCUCCAUUGGUGCCUUUGAGCUCCUCUACAGGGAGGCAGCCGUGUCCUCAUGUCUGACUGUGGGGCUGAAGCUGAUGGUCACAGGCUGUUCCGUGAAGAAGCCCCAGCCAGCAAAGCAUCGAUCCAAGGACAAGCUCCCCACCACUCCGCCCCCAGCCCCCUGCCCCGACCCCGGCCCCGGGGAGGCGGCGGCGGGGCGGCUGCGGGAGGCGGCGGGCCCGGCUGCGGGAGCGGUGCGGCGGCGAUGA